AUGUCUCCCAAAGACGAACCACGUCCCUAUCUACCGUUAUCAACUCGUGCACAAGAAGCAGUAGUCGCAGAGACGAAGAACCCCCUACUUGAUAUUCUGGCAGACUUGUGGCAUCCGGAGUCAAACCCGAAUGGGUUCUUCAGCGUUGGGAUCGCGGAAAAUGUCCUGAUGCAUGACGUGCUCCUUGAGUAUAUCAACAAGCAAUUAACCCUACCUGCCAAAUACCUAACCUACAACGACGGCGGCGCUGGAAGCACGCGGUUGAAGAAGGCCACCGCCCGAUUUUUAAACCGUCACCUGUCUCCAUUUACACCCAUUCAGCCCCAUCACCUUGCUAUUACAAAUGGCGUGUCGUCCGCGAUCGAACAACUGUCGUGGAUAUUCGCCAACCCCGGGGACGGUAUUCUCCUGGGGAGGCCCUAUUAUGGGCAAUUUAUCCCGGACUUGGCAAUGCGACCGGCAGCAAAGGUGGUUCCCGUGAAUUUUGAUGAUUGCAACCCGUUCGAACCGGCGGCCGUUGAGAAAUACGAGCAGGCGCUUCUGCAGUUUGAAAGUCAGACAAGCAAUAAAGUCAGAGCCUUGGUCCUCUGUCAUCCCCAUAAUCCUCUCGGUCGCUGCUAUCCUACACGAACAAUUGUAGAACUAAUGAGACUAUGUCAGACAUAUCAGAUCCACCUGAUCAGUGAUGAAAUCUACGCGCUGUCGACUUGGGAGAACCGGAUCGAUCGGACUCCGGCGCCAGUGAAGUUUCAAUCCGUACUUUCGAUCGAUCCCACAGACAUUAUUGACCCGGGAUUGACGCAUAUUCUCUGGGGUAUGAGUAAGGACUUUGGCGCCAAUGGCAUCCGAAUUGGCGUUAUUGUAUCCCAAGCAAACGCUGGUGUCCAUAGUGCCCUGCGUGGAACAUCGCUGUACUCUUAUGUUUCAGGCCUGUCAGAUUAUAUUGCAGCCAAUAUACUAGAGGACGACGCUUUCACCGAUCAAUACAUCGAGAUGAAUCGACAAAGAUUGGGGGAUUCGUAUCACUUUGUUGCCGAAUAUCUCCAGCAACAUGGCCUGGAGUAUGAGCGCGGCGGUAAUGCGGGCUUCUUCAUAUGGGUCAACCUGGGGAAGAAGUACCUCGAGAGUCGUCAGAAGAUCCAUUAUGACGGUCCGGACCUGACCCAGGAAAUCAUGGAUCGGCUUUGCAGCCAGAAGGUCUUUCUUGCCAGUGGCAAUGCUUUUGGGUCCGAGAAGCCUGGCUGGUUUCGCAUUGUGACCUCGCAUCCGACAGCGUACCUGGCAGAAGCCUUGCGGCGCAUUGAACUUGCGGUAGGGAAUUAG